ACAAAACAUCAAAAUAUGAAGUGUUUUGUUUACGAACAUUCGUAGCAGUAAACAACUUUUAAACAACCGCUAUUUUGGUAUAAAAAGACGACAUCCACUUAGUUUUUUCAUCGACUUCAGAUAAUUUCUGGCUUAUAGCCUCUAUACCUUCAUCAAGUUGAACAACAUCCACCAUGAAUGCUAAACAGCUCUGCACUUUCUUGGUGAUCUGUCUUGCAGCCUCGCACGUCCUCGGAGCCCCCGACUUCUACGGUGGCGGGAUUGGUGGUGGUGGAAACAUGGCAGAAUAUGAUGAAGGAAUAAUGGACGAUUAUGAUGUCGAAAUUGGCGGACAAAUGAUAAACGGCCUAGGCGAUGGAAUGAUGGGCAAAGGUGAUGGACGAUUUACGCGCUGCAAGUGUGUACCGAACAGAGGAUGGAUAUAUCCAAAUUGCCCGGAAGGAUGGACGCAAGUUGGCCAGUGCAUGAAGCCGCCCAUGAAUUCUUGUAUCGGAUGCCCGCGGCGAUGUUGCCGAUAGACGCAGACCAAUAGG